AUGGGCGAGACGACUAUACUCGACUCGGCAAGAAGCCGUGCUCCGGUUGACCACCAAAUACUGGCGUCUCUGCGCGAAGCUAUGGAAAAAUUCAGCGAACCGUCGGAGGCUGGUUAUAUAAACGAUGGAGAUAUGCAACCACGAAAGCAUCCGGACGCUCAAUUAGAAAAGUACUUCCACUAUGUUACCGUCUAUGGAAAGCCUUGUCUCGAAUGGGAAUUGGUACGCCCGGUGUUUUUGUGGAAGUUAAAGCAUGUGCUGAAGGAAAUGGUGCGCAUUGACCAUCUGGUCUGCGAUCAGUCGAACGCACGGGCCAAGCAAGAGGAUUCUAAAGAGGGUGCCGUGGACAAUGUUCAUAAAACGCAAACCGUAAAUGGCGUGAAGCGAGAGAUCUGUCCAAAGAAAUCUCUGCCGAAAGUAAAAGCCGAUUUCGAAGACAGUAAGGGCGAGCUACGUGUACUGUAUGAUUUGAUCAUCGACACUGCCGAGAAGUUGGAGGGAUUCCCGUUCACAUUUCAGCGAAUUUGUGAACUGAUGAAAGAUCCCGUCCAACUAUAUCAAAGGGCCGAAAAGUUUUUCCGCGCGAUCGACAAGUGUAUCAAUGUUGUGACAAAGAUAACUCCGAAUGGACAAAGAAUUACUGGCAUCGAGGAGCCGUUUGUGGGAAUCGAGGAAAAUGGGCGAAUCGAGCAAACCUUCUUUGGCAAAGUUGAUGAGGUUGACGACGGUGCCUGGGGCCCAGUCGCUGUUGCCUCGGUGGCCAGCCAAAACGCUGAUGAUAAACCGUUGGACAUGAGCAAGAAAGAACCGGCUCGAAUCGAGGCAGCUGAAGCGGAACCGAAGAUUGAGCCCAUUACGGCGUCAUUGAAUGGGGCUGGUGAUGCUCCUGUCGAGAAGAAGCAAAAGCUGGACGGCACAGAUACGGCGAUGGAACACGACGGGGCUCUCGAUGCCACGCCAGCGAGCGCUGAAGUGACGAUGGAAACAAAU